AUGGAGUAUGAGUGGAAACCUGACGAGCAAGGGCUUCAGCAGAUCCUGCAGCUGCUAGAGUCCCAGUCCCCCGACACCACCAUCCAGAAAACCGUUCUGAAACUGGAACAACUCAAUCAAUAUCCAGACUUUAACAACUACCUGAUUUUUGUUCUUACAAAAUUAAAAUCUGAAGAUGAACCCACAAGAUCAUUGAGUGGUCUCAUAUUGAAGAAUAACGUGAAAGCACACUUUCAGUAUUUCCCAAAUGGUGUAACAGACUUUAUUAAGAGUGAAUGUUUAAACAAUAUUGGUGACUCCUCUCCUCUGAUUAGAGCUACUGUAGGCAUUUUGAUUACAACUAUAGCCUCCAAGGGAGAACUGCAGAAUUGGCCUGACCUCCUACCAAAACUCUGUAGCCUGUUGGAUUAUGAAGAUUACAACACUUGUGAGGGAGCAUUUGGUGCCCUUCAGAAGAUUUGUGAAGAUUCUGCUGAGAUUUUAGAUAGUGAUGUUUUAGAUCUUCCUCUCAACAUCAUGAUUCCUAAAUUUUUACAGUUCUUCAAGCACAGUAGUCCAAAAAUAAGGCCUCAUGUUGUUGCAUGUGUCAAUCAGUUUAUCAUCAGUGGAACUCAAGCUGUGAUGUUGCACUUUGAUUCCUUUAUUGAGAAUCUCUUUGCAUUGGCUGGUGAUGGAGAACCAGAGGUACAGAAAAAUGUGUGCCAGGCACUUGUGAUGUUGCUUGAAGUUCGAAUGGAUCGCCUGCCUCCUCACAUGCAUAAUAUAGUUGAGUACAUGCUACAGAGGCCCCAAGAUCAAGGUGAAAAUGUGGCUUUAGAAGCCUGCGAAUUUUGGCUUACUUUGGCUGAGCAACCAAUAUGCAAAGAUGUACUCAUAAGGCAUCUUCCUAAGUUGAUUCCUGUGUUAGUGAAGGGCAUGAAGUACUCAGAUAUAGAUAUUAUCCUACUUGAGGGUGAUGUUGAAGAAGAUGAAACAAUUCCUGAUAGUGAACAGGAUACAAGGCCACGUUUUCAUCCAUCAAGGACAGUGGCUCAGCAGCAUGACAAAGAUGGAAUUGAAGAGGAAGGUGAUGAUGACGAUGAAAUUGAUGAUGAUGAUACAAUUUCUGACUGGAAUCUAAGAAAAUGUUCUGCGGUUGCCCUAGAUGUUCUUGCAAAUGUGUAUCGUGAUGAGCUUUUGCCACGUAUUUUGCCCCUUUUGAAAGAAUUACUUUUUCAUCAUGAACGGGUUGUUAAAGAAUCAGGCAUCUUGGUUUUAGGAGCAAUUGCUGAAGGUUGCAUGCUGGGCAUGAUUCCCUACCGACCUGAGCUCAUUCCUCACCUUAUUCAGUGCCUCUCUGAUAAAAAGUCUCUUGUGCGUUUCAUAACGUGCUGGACUCUUAGCCGCUAUGCACACGGGGUAGUCAGCCAGCCCUCAGACACAUACCUGAAGCCAUUAAUGACAGAACUGCUAAAACGUAUCCUGGAUAGUAACAAGAGAGUACAAGAAGCUGCCUGCAGUGCCUUUGCUACCCUGGAAGAGGAGGCUUGUACAAACUUGUUCCUCACCUUGCUUAUAUACUUGAUACCUUGGUCUUUGCAUUUAGUAAAUACCAGCAUAAAAACCUGCUCAUUCUUUAUGAUGCCAUAGGAACGUUAGCAGAUUCAGUAGGACAUCACUUAAACAAACCUGAAUAUAUUCAGAUGCUAAUGCCUCCACUGAUCCAGAAAUGGAACAUGUUAAAGGAUGAAGAUAAAGAUCUCUUCCUUUUACUUGAGUGCCUAUCUUCA